AUGACCACCACCGUGACCACCACCAACCGCCCAGAUGAGUGGAAGAUUGAGCAGGGCCUGUCGGGCGCCGUGCUCCCCGUCCUCGACAUGACCAAACGCAAGACGGAACGUCUGGCGAUCCAAACCUUUGGUCCUCUCACCAAGGACGAGAAAGCAAUCAAGUCCGUCGGCAACCGCAACAAGCUCUUUGCUGCUGAACGGAAGGGUUGGACUGGGUUCGUUGAGUGGGAGAACUAUCCGGACAAGAAGGCUGCGGCGCACAAGAUCUUGACCUCUCAGACCUUUCCCCCGAACCCAGAGUUCCAGCUCGGUGCAAUUCCAGGCACCAACCCGGUCCUGCCUGGCACUCACUGGAAGAUGUGGCACCACGCCAUUGGUGGCGAGCUCACCAAGGUCCCUGAAAGCUCUUGGGAGACGGUCCUCAAAGAGAAGCACCCCGAUAUGCUGCAUCUGUUGCAGUUCCCCUACAAUGGCGAGCCCCCCAAGCGCCUUGUCACGGAUGAGGAAAUCACACCCAACUCGCUUCAUUUCGUGAGAAACCAUGGCGGUAUCCCUAUCAUCGAGAAGGAGGACUACAGUUUUCUGCUAGAUGGCCUUGUGACAAAGCCCCGUUCCUUCACCUUGGAUGACCUCAUGGAUGAGUCCAAGUUCCCACGCAUGGAGAAGACCAUCACAAUGCAAUGUUCGGGCACUCGUCGGAUUGAGCAGAUUCUCAAGUAUCCUGGACAAGGCGACGAGGUUCCACAAGCACCCUGGGCUGAGGGUGCUAUCGGCACCGCUCGCUAUGUUGGCGUCAGCCUGAAGAAGGUGAUCAAAGCCUGCGGCGGCUUGAAGGACGGCGCCAAGCAUCUCGAGUUCUAUGGGGCCGACACCUAUUUCAAGGACGACAAGACCAUGAACUAUCUCGUCAGCGUUCCCUGGUCCAAGGUUAAAGCGAACGAGGUGAUGUUGGCCUGGGAGAUGAACGGCGAGGUCCUCCCCAGGAUCCACGGGUACCCACUGCGUGUCAUCGUCCUGGGCUACAUUGGGGCGAGGAGCGUCAAGUGGCUGUACCGCAUCAAGGCCAUUGAGAAUCCCUCGCUUGCGCCUGUACAGAGCCAGGAGUACCUCUACUUCCCGCAGCAGGUCGGCAAGCACAACUUCAAGCUCACAGACGGCAUUCAGAUCCAAGAGAUGCCAGUUAGCUCCGCCAUCAUGUCGCCGUGGACCAAGCAAGUCGUCGUCCACAACGGCAAGAUCCGUUGCAAGGGCUGGGCCUACUCCGGAGGUGGUCGAUGGCCGGAGCGUGUCGAGCUGUCGGCCGAUGGCGGUUUCAACUGGUACACCAUUCCGGACCAGAACCUGUCCAAGAAGCGGCGAUGGACCUGGCGUACCUGGUCGUACGAGCUACCCUGCGACGUCGAGGGCUGGGUCGAGGUCGUCGUGCGAUGCUGGGACAACGCCCUCAAUACCCAGCCGCCCGAGGUGCGCACGGCGUGGAACUGGGGCUUACAUGUUACCAGCUCCUGCCACCGACUCUCGGUCUACAGCGUCAACAAGUCCAGGCCACUGACCAAGGCUCGCCUGGCCGAGUUUGAGAAGGCCGGAAUCCCCUUUGGCCCAAUUACUGUCCCUCUCGCGUUCCCGGCUCAGACCUGGGAAGACUACGAAAAGUAUUGGAAUGAGCAUGAUCCGCGUGAUGCAGAGGACGACUAA